UGGAUUUACCGAUUAUUUACUGAAAAUGAAUUUAUUUGUUAAAUAUCACUACAAGAUAUGUUACAUACAGUAACAUACAAAAGGUGUAACUAUUGAUACAAUAUAUUUCAAGGAAAAGACAAAGACGUAAGGUGAAGAAAGAAAGAGAUGGAGGCAAGCAUUCAAGUGGUGGAUUUCCAGAAACUUUCAUCAGAUCAAGAGGAGUUGAAGAAACUAAGAGAAGCAUGUGAGAAAUAUGGGUGUUUCAGAAUCAUCAACCACCCUGUUCCACCAACACUUAUGAUUGACAUGAAAUUAGUGGCUAAACACUUGCAUGAUCUUCCUAGGGACAUCAAAAAGCGCAACAAAACAGCCAUUCUCCCUGACGAUGGCUAUGUGUCACUAAGUGUAACAAGUCCUGUAUAUGAAGGCUUGGGAAUCUAUGACAUGCAUUCAUCCCCACAAGAAAUUCAAGAUUUCUUCUUCCAAUUGGAGGUGUCACCCCAUGAUAGGCAAAUAAUAGAGGCAUAUGGGCAAGCAGUUCAUGACUUGGCAUCAAGUGUAGCACAAAAGUUGGCUGGGACUUUGGGCAUAGAGGAUAUUGAUUUCAAGGACUGGCCAUUCAUUUUUAGGAUUAUGAGAUAUAAUUUCAGCCCAGAAACUAUGGGCUCUGUUGGAGCACACCUGCAUUCAGAUACAGGAUUUAUCACAAUCCUUCAAGAUGAUGAAACUGUUAGUGGUCUUGAGUUGGUGGAUGAUUCUAACACAUUUAAGACAGUCCCUCCCAAAUCUGGGUCCUUCUUUUGCAUUAUUGGAGAUGUUGGACGAGCUUGGAGCAAUGGAAAGUUUCAUAAUGUGGGGCAUCGUGUAAUAUGCAAGGAACCAAAUGCUCGUUAUUCACUGGGUACAUUUAUGUUAUCACCAAGGGAUGGUCAUGUUGAGGCCCCACCAAAGUUGGUGGAAGUUGACCAUACACAACUUUAUCGACCAUUUAAGUUUAAAGAAUUGGAACAGAUCAAGUAUGAAGAUUUAAGGAAGUUCAAAGUCACAACGGGGAAGAGCACUCCUCAAGUCCUUGAUAAAUUCCUCAUCAGUAGUGAUAUGCAUGGAGGGAAACACAUGUAAUACAAUACGUCCAACAAAACUAAAGAAAAAUAAAGUUGGCGAUAAAGUAAUAAUAUGCGCCGUCAAUUUUAUAAAAGUUCAUGUAGCAAGGUGUCUUUUUCAACAACUUAUAUUUUUGUUUAAAAUUUAUAAAUAGUUGCAUGAAUCCUAGUACUUUUUAUGUUGGA